AUGGUUGUCAUGGUCUUGGCAAUUGAGCUGAGCACCUCUAGUGGGUCUAUUAGAGUUGCUCUUAGUAAUAUUGCUGUUGCUAGUGCAACUCUUUCGUAUGUAAUAACAUCUUGGACAUCACUUGAGACUUCAAUAGGGGCUUUGGCUCGACUUCGACAAUUCGAAUCCGAUGCCCCAUCCGAGCAUCUAGCCCAAGAAACAGAUGAUCCAACAGACUGGCCGUCGGGAGAAUCAAUUGAGAUAAAUGAUUUGACCAUAAGCUACCGACUGGGCUUAGACCCUGUAGUGCGUGGACUCAACUUGACCAUACCACCUAGAGCUAAUAUAGGCAUAUGUGGACGCCUAGGAAGCGGGAAGAGCUCUCUGAUACUCAGCUUCCUGCGCCUCACUGAAAUCGUAAGCGGGACUAUAUCAAUCGACAAUAUUGAUAUCAGUCAUAUUUCUCGAGAGAUUAUUCGCCGUCGACUAUCCAUUUUACCACAAGAGCCCAUGAUUUUUUCGGGCUCCAUUCGCUCCAAUAUCGACCCGUUCCAAGUACACACAGAUGAAGCUAUCACUUCUGCGCUUUCCAAAAUAGGAAUGCAGGAGUGGUUUAUCUCGCUUAGAGCCAGUCUGGACACCUUAAUCCAGAAAGAUAAACUCUCAUCUGGCCAGCAGCAGCUUCUCUCCUUUGCGCGGAUACUACUCAACCCUUCUAAGGUCUUGCUACUUGAUGAGGCUACCUCUAUGAUGGAUGUUAAGACGGAAGCGAAAAUCACCAAGUUGGUGCAUGAGGAAUUCCGGGAUAGUAUAGUAAUUUCAGUGGCCCAUCGACUUCAGACAAUUGUUGAUUUUGAUCUGGUAUUGGUUAUGGAUCAAGGGGUCGUCAUUGAGUCUGGAAACCCUUCUGAUCUUCUCAAGAAAAAUCACAGUGCUUUCAAGGACUUAUGGAUGAAGCAAUCGACAGAUGAUAUUCGAACUGCAGAGUCAAUUUCAGACCAUAUGUCAUGA